GCGGACGCGCGCGGGGGAGGGGAGGCGAGGGCAGGCCCCGGGGACGCGCGCGCUGUCUGUCUCUGGUGGCGGCCGGGCGCGCACGCGCUUGGGCCCGGGGACUCAGCAGGGACCACCACGGGCUGGAACGCGGGCCGGGCUAGAAUGCCGGGCCACACGCACGCGGGGCUCAGAUCGCCGGGGUCACAGGGCUUGAAGACUGUAAAAAGGAGUUCUAACCUACAAAAAAAACUUGGACGAAACUCAUGCCUUCGGGUUUCCCAGGACAACUGACCCCGGCGCGCGGUGGCUCUACGGGUCACUCCUCCCCCUGCUCAUUCCCAGGAAUGGAUCCGCCCAGGUCAGGCUUCCGGAAGUUCUGAUACUUAAAGGCGCUGAGCCAAGACUGGAGACCGGGAGACCUGUUUCGGUUCAAAGGUUCCCAGGCCGUCACCUGCACCCGGGGCGCCGCCAGAGGCUCUCGCCCUUCUCAGCGUUACUCUGCUACCUCCUGGUGGCGCCGAGGAGAAACGCAUCCUAGGAAAUUGUGAACUGGCCAUUGCCUGAAGCCAGAAGAGGGCAUCAUAUCCUCUGUGAUUGGAAUCACAGACAUGUGUGGACUGCCAUGUGGGUGCUGGGAACCAAUCCCAGGUCCUCUGGAAGAGCAAUUGGUGUUAACUGUUGAGCAUCUCCCCAGCCCAAGUUUUAUAGAUUUGCUGGACCGUGGUACACAGGGCUAAGCAUUCAAGUUCUAUGGGUGAUGUCACAGUGCCCAAGAAGGUUCUAAAGUUCCUUCUGUACUCUUACUCAGCCAUGCUGGCCACUCUGUGGCUGGUUAGUCUUUCUCUUCCCAUGCUGUGGGCCCAGAAACUAAUCAACUGUCCCUACAAGAAUGUGUGCCAGUACGCCCUGCUCUCGGGCAAUGACGUGAUCCUGGAGUGUAACCACCACAAAGCACUAUGGUAUUUUUAUUCAUCUCUGGAGGACAAACUGUCCAUGCUCAACUCCAUGCCUAAUGUGAAGAUACUGCCUGGGAGCAACCUGCAGUUAUCCAGCCCUCAGCCCUUCCAGACGGGGCUCUACCGCUGCCUAGAUGGUCACAUGACCCGUGUGGUGGAAUAUGAGAUUGACUUUCAGGAUAUAGCUCUGCUGCAUAUUACACACAAAGACCUGGGUCAAAAGCCCAUGGGAAAUGAGACCAUGAACCUAGGAGGCGAGGUACUCGUUUUUACCCGCUGGGAUCCUUGGCAAGACUGUAACGGUUGCGAAAAGCCGGGUGAGCGCAAACGUCUAGGCUACUGCUAUGUGGAGGAGCCCCUAGGAAAAUCCAUGCCCUGCUGGCUCUACCUGAGAGGGGAGAAGGUGACCCACAACCGCCUGCAGCCUGAACUCCAGCUACAAGCCUGCCAGGUGCCCUGUGACAUCGCCACAGAAAUCAACCAGCCGUACUUUGUCUUUGACACUCAUCAGCUGGACAAAAACACCAACUACGAGUGGCUCAGCUGUCCCUUGGCUUCCAUCUACAGGUAACCAGAACAGGGCCAACAGCCUUCUCUUAGGCCUCUGUCAGUGCUGGUCUGGGGAGGGGGCGCUUUCUGUUGCUCGGGGUCUCCAUCCAGUAGACAAACUCUUCCUCCACACCCAGAAGCCUUCACGGUCAGUGAGAGCCUAGAGUGACUGGUUUGCUUAGAUAUUUCCACACCAGAAAUCUCCUCUGAACUGGGAUCUGGGCAAGAGAAGCUGAGGAAGGUGGUGACUGACCAGAGACCAAUUCU